AUGGGUUCCAACAGCUUCCAAAAUGGAUUCGGCUGUUCCCUCUGUGUGAAGUAUUUCAUAGACCCAGUCACCCUAGGCUGUGGGCACAGCUUUUGCAUGCCGUGUCUCUGUCUCUGCCGGGAGAAAGCCCAUCCUCCUCCUCGCUGCCCUGUGUGCAGGGAAACACCCAAUCAAAUGAACUUGAAAACCAAUAUCGUUUUGAAGACACAGGUAUUCGUUGCCAGACGGACAGAACCCAAUUACUUACCAAGCUCUGAAGAACAGAUGUGCGAGAUACACAUGGAAACAAAGAACUUCUUUUGUGAGGUUACCAAGGAUGUGCUCUGUCUACACUGCUGUAAGUCUGAGGAGCAUGUGGCCCACAGACAUUGGUUCAUUGACUGGAUGGCUGAGGAACACCGGCAAAAUCUUCUGAAGCAAAUGAGGUGUAUGUGGGAAAAGAUACAAGAAACCAAAAGAAAUCUGAAGAGAGAAACCAACAAAAUCAGGACUUGGGAGGGUUUUGUGACUCUGUGGAGGAAGAUGAUCUGUGCUGAAUAUUGGAAGGUAUGUCACCUAGUCAACCACGAAGAGAAACGUUAUUUAGAGAAAAUAGAAGAGGAAAGCAAAGAGAUUUUUCAACAACUCAAAGAAAGCCAGCACAAUAUGGACCUAAAGCAGAAACUUUUAAGACAAAUAUAUGAGGAACUCAAGGAAUUGUGCCGAAAAUCAGACAUGGAGCUGCUCCAGCAUUAUGACAACAUGUCAAAAAGGAGUGAGUCUGUGCAGCUGCACACGCCCCAGCCUGUAGUCCCACAGCUCAGUUCAUGGCCCAUCCCUGGACUGCUAGACUGGCUCGGCCAAUUCCAAGCGUACAUUGCCUUGGAUAAUGAAGCAGUCACUUGUCAUGUCCCUGUGUUGGAAGAUCUGAGACGUCUGCUGACUGGUCCUGAUCCUCCUGGUGUUGACAACCCUCCACCAAGAUGCAAAUAUUUUCUUGCCUGGGGAGCUGAAUCGUUCACUACCGGGCAGCAUUACUGGGAGGUGGAUGUGGCGGGCUGUGGCAACUGGGCAAUCGGAUUUUGUCAUGAUUCUUGGGCCGGGAGGAAGGAUGACAUGGUGCUUGACUCAGAGGGAAUUUUUCUACUUCUUUGUAUCCAAGAGAACAAUCAGUGCAGUCUCUUUACCUCCUCCCCACUAUCACCUCAAUAUGUCAAAAGGCCUCUGGGUCAUGUGGGGGUGUUCCUGGAUUAUGAUGGUGGUGUCCUGAGCUUUGUCCAUGUGGCCAAUAGUUCCCUCAUUUGUAGUUUCCUCUCCUGCUCCUUCUCCUCUUCUCUCAAACCUUUUCUUUGCUCUGGACACCCCUGA